AUGGGCCCAGGGUUUCAACAAUGGGUAAUUGGCAUGCACGGCUGGGAGCAUAUAAAAAGGCAACAGAAAGCUGCGCACGAGGAGAGAGGGACUGUCCAUUCUCUAUUAAUUUCCCAUUUUGAAACCAAUUUCUUCAAUGCCAUCAUUGAUCUGAAGGAGGGCAUGAAACUGGUUCUAUGUGAAAUGUUCUCGAUCAGCUCCUUCAAGGAGGAGACUGGCCAGUUAUCCUGCGGCAAAGAGGGAAAGAAACGACAAAGAUCAAAACAAGAAAAGGUCGCCAAGAAACGCCAAAGGCUUACCCAACAAUCUGAAUCUGAACCAGACUCCCCAAUCCAGACCCAAAAGCAAACCCAACAAAAGAAACAUCGGAGCCCAAAACAGAAAAAGAAGGCAAUGAAACAAGAAUCACAAUCACAAUCACAAUCACAAUCACAAUCACAACCAGACUCCCCAACCCAGACCCAAAAGCAAUGCACAUUCAGGUCCAAUGUAAUAGGAACGGUGGGGCUAUUGUCAAAACUGAACUUGAACAAUGCCCACUUAGAGCUCUUGAAACAAACACCGUUUUGGAUGCUGAUUGAUGCCAUUAGGAAAGGUAAGUUAGCGGAAAAAGCUUGCAUGAAGCACGAUAAAACCAUCCUGAGUAUCAUUCAGAACUAUGAUACCAAUGACAGCAAGUUCCUCAUUGGUGGUAAGAAGGUUGCCAUAACAAGGAAUGACAUCAAGCUAAUCUUUGGUAUAGCUUGUGGGAACAAACAAAUAGGAGAUUUGAACAAGAAGAAAAGUGAUGUUGCAUUUGCAAAAAGAAGGGGGAUCCAGGAGGCAAGGAUUGGUAGUAAAAAGAUGAAAGACAUGAUCAAUGAAAUACUUUCAAAAAAAGAGGAAUCCAUAACUGAAGAAGACAUCCAAGAUGUAGUCCGCCUUGUAUGCAUGUUCAUUUGCCUGACGCUGUUCUUCUCCACAUCAGGAGUCACCAUUGCAUGGACAUAUGUGCAUUGCAUGGAGAAAAUAGAAGAAAUAAAAGACUACGACUGGGCACAAUCCAUUGCAGAAACAUUGAAUACAUCAAUGCACAAAUUCCAUGACAAACCAAGAGAUGCAACAGGAUGUGUGGUGGCAUUAAUGUACUGGAUUUGUGAACACACGGAUUUGAUUGCACGACCAAAAAAUGAAGCAAUUCCAAGACUACUAAACUGGAACACCUCAGACCUGAAAAAAAGAAUUGAUGAUUUUAAAGAUUUGAGCAAUCUCAACAUUACGGUAUAUGAGAAAGAACUUCAAGAAACAUGUCAAGAGGCUCAAGUCUACAGCAUGCCACACCCAGAAGUUGUAGAUGACAAUGACAAGGGAACUAUAUCACAGAUGAUGCAGCAUACACAAUCUCCACAAAGUCCGGCACUACGACUUGAUGAGAUACACUUAACUGAAAAAUAGCAAACAUCUCCUCUUGUGUCAACAUCAUCUCCUAAGAAACAACAAGCAAUGUUCUCACAAUCACAAUCAGGCGAGACUAUGGUUCCAAGUACCUACCAACCUCUGGACUCCAUUAAUUUCAGUCAGGGCCUAAUUAAAGAGCACAACCAGAUGGGUAAAUUCUGUGACAGCUUACUGGAGGACAAUGAUCAAGUUAUCAUCAAGGAUCUCCAGCAACAAGUCCAAUAUAUUCAGAAUCAAAAACAAAUAGUUGAACAACAAAACCACGGACUUCAAAAGGACAAGGAUACAAUGAAAAAUGAGUUUGAGGAAAUGUAAAAAGAACGGGAUGCAAUGAAAGAAAAGCUGCAGAAGAUUGUAACUAUGUCCAACACAAUGUUGCAGGCCCAAGAACAACACAAGUUCCUGAUAGAGAAGACUGCAGUCUUGGAAAAGGACAGCGAUACAAUGAAAAAUCAGCUGUUGAAAAUGGAAAAAGAAAGGG